AUGGAAACUGUAGUUGCUUACUUCGCUGUUUCUCUCGUCUCAUCGAUCAUUCUUGUUGGGCUUGGAGUUACAGCUUUUGUAAGAAGUAAGUCAUUAAAAUCGUUGAUUAGCUCGUUGGCACUUGCAACUCUUUAUGGAGCACAUACAAUUGUCAUAGCAUUUUAUUACAAUGAGUACUUUGCUUACAUUAUUGGAAUUGCAACAGGCCUAAUUUGUGUAAUAUUUGGUUACUUUCGUAUGUUAAAGCGUCCACAAAUUAAUGUUCCAGUCAUUGUUUUAUCAGUUGGGUGGAUCAACUUUGCUUAUUAUGGCGGUUUAUUACAAUCUUUGUACUACCACUAUAAUUGUAAAUUCUAG